AUGACUCUCUCGACAGUGGGAACCGACGAUGUACGGGAUUCUGUAGAUGCGGCUCUUGCAACGCUCGAAGAGUCCCUGCGCCAAGUGAACCACGAGAUCUGGUCUCACCCUGAGCUCGCUUACGAGGAGCAUCGUGCUCAUGAUACCAUUUGCGAUUUCCUUGAGAAGCAGGGAUUCAUGGUUACACGCCAUGCCUACGGGCUCGAUACUUCGUUUGAAGCUUUAAGCGGAUCGGGUGGACGGUUAAUCAACUUCAAUGCGGAAUACGACGCACUCCCCGGCAUCGGACACGCUUGCGGCCACAACCUCAUCGCCACCAGCAGUAUCGCGGCCUUUCUAGCCCUUUCAUUUGCAUUGAAAAAAUUCGGUAUUCCCGGACGGGCACAGUUACUGGGUACACCGGCGGAGGAAAAUGGAGGCGGAAAGGCCAAGCUUAUCGACGCGGGGGCGUACAAGAACGUGGACAUUUCUCUCAUGGCACAUGGCGGACCCAAAAAAGUUUUUCCCGACCAGGGAGCUGCCGACGGAAUUGCUGGGACGCUGAUGAACGCCCGCAAGAAUAUCCACUGCGAGUACACGGGCAGAAGUGCACAUGCAGGCGGCAACCCGUGGGAUGGAAUCAAUGCCCUGGAUGCCUUGGUGUCAUCCUACAAUAACGUUGCCGUGUUGCGACAGCAGCUUUUGCCGGAGCAGCGCGUUCACUGUGCCUUUAUGGAUACCCCGAAAGUGGCCAACGUGAUCCCAGAGUCCACCAAGGCCUUCUGGCAGGUUCGGAGCCCGUCGCUCAAGGGACUUGACAGUCUCGUGGCCAAAGUACGCAAUUGUAUUGAGGCCGGUGCACUGGCGACGGGAUGCCAAGUGUCAAUCAAGGAGGAGGAACUUUACACUGACGUGCGACUGAACGAUACUCUCUGUGAGCGAUAUGUACUCCACAUGGGAGAAUAUGGCCGAAAGGUCUUGAAGCGCCACGACAAGGUACUGACGGCCUCGUCGGAUAUUGGAAAUGUCAGCUACGUGACGCCAACUCUGCAUACAAUGUUUGGGAUCCCUACUCCGGAAAACACCUUCCCCCAUCACCCUAACUUCGCCGCGGCGGCCGGAACGGACGAGGCGCAUGUAGAGGCUGUAGUCGUGGGUAAGGCACUGGCGCUGAGCGGGUGGGAUAUGAUCACGGACGAUGCCUUAUUCAAGACGGCACGACAACAAUGGCAGGACGAGAUUGCACGCGAAGACUAG